GUCUGCGGGCGGGGUGUUCAUGCAGACAUACACUUUCACGCAUGACUCUUGUUAUCAGACGACGACUGGUUAGAAGUUUUCUUCUGGGUUAUGUUGAAUUAUUUAUUUUACGUGUGCCCCUUACCUUGUAAAGUGGUAUGCAAUAACUAAUCCGAUAGCAAUGAGCAAAAGAAGAUAUCUUUGCUUCAGUGAGAGACGAAUACCAAGUCCAGACUGCAUGUCCAUUUGUAGUAACACGACUCAGGUUGCAGCUCUCUACAUGUCUCGUGUUUUAGACACAAAUUAAAGUCAGCUUUCUUCUGAAACUCCACUUUGCCGCUUUAAUCGACCUUCCACAGUUGGAGGUUGGAGGCCUCACAGCACUAUCCACCCUUCAAAUGGUUCCUGGCAAGCUCAGCAUCAACAUACAGCUUUGGCGCUGCAGUACAGGUUUCCUUCAGUAGGCUAUUCAAUUUUGGACUAUUGGGUUGAGUCUUGACAUCCUCCUGAAGUAAGAAGAAUGGGCACUUUGGAGGGUCUGAGGGACAACUCUUCUCACUUUACUCUGGAGGGACAGCCCUUUCGCAUCCUUGGUGGCUCUAUCCAUUACUUCCGAGUCCCCAGAGCCUACUGGGAGGACCGUCUCCUGAAGAUGAGGGCCUGUGGCCUCAACACUCUCACAACAUACGUGCCAUGGAAUCUGCAUGAGCCCGAGAGAGGAUUAUACAACUUUCAGGACCAGCUGGACCUGAAGGCCUUUGUCACUUUAGCAUCAGAUCUGGGUCUGUGGGUGAUCCUGCGCCCUGGACCUUACAUCUGUGCUGAAUGGGACUUGGGUGGGUUGCCAAGCUGGUUAUUGCAAGACAAAGGAAUGCACCUGAGGACAACUUAUCCUGGAUUUGUAGAUGCUGUCAACCAGUACUUUGACAAGCUAGUCUCAGUUGUCAAGCCUCUGAUGUUUGAAAAUGGAGGCCCAGUCAUUGCAGUUCAAGUUGAGAACGAGUAUGGAUCAUAUGCCAAAGAUGAGGAAUACAUGCCGUUCAUAAAAAAUUGUCUUGAAUCCAGAGGCAUCAAGGAGCUCCUGCUGACUUCUGACAACUGGGAGGGCUUGAGAUACGGAGGGAUUGAGGGAGUUCUAAAAACAAUAAACCUUCAGAGAUUGUCAUUCGGAGCCAUCCACCACUUAGCUGACAUGCAGCCUCAGAAACCUCUCAUGGUGAUGGAGUACUGGUCUGGGUGGUUUGAUGUCUGGGGAGAACAUCACCACGUGUUCCACGCUGAAGACAUGGUAGCUGUUGUGUCAGAGAUCCUGGAGAGAGGUGUCUCCAUUAAUCUCUACAUGUUCCAUGGGGGAACUAGCUUUGGCUUCAUGAAUGGAGCGAUAGGCUUGGGUACCUACAAACCCCAGGUCACCAGUUAUGAUUAUGAUGCUCCACUGUCUGAGGCAGGAGAUUGCACUCAAAAAUAUCACCUACUGAGAAAUGUAUUCAGCCAGUAUCACUCUGAGCGUCUCCCUGAAGUGCCCUCCCCUACUGAGCGAACAGCAUAUGACACAGUCGUCAUCCAGCAGCACCUUUCGCUCUGGGACAGCCUGCCCUUCACUGACAAGCCAUACAGGUCAGACAGGCCAGUGAACAUGGAGAAUCUCCCUGUCAACAAUAACAAUGGUCAGUCGUAUGGUUACACUCUGUAUGAAACAACCAUCACCUGUGGAGAAACUCUCAACUCCAGGAAUGGCAUCAGAGACCGAGCGCUGGUUUUUGUGGACAGACAAUAUGUUGGUUGUUUGGACUACAAGACUCAAGAGCUCAUACUCCCUGAAGGCACGGGAGAGAGGACGUUGAGCUUACUUGUGGAGAAUUGUGGGAGAGUGAAUUAUGGAAAAGCUCUGGAUGAACAACGCAAAGGUAUUGUGGGAGACAUUUGGUUGAAUCUCACUCCCCUGAGAGGAUUCACCAUCUUCUGCUUGGACAUGAAACCUGGAUUUAUGAAGAGAUUAAUAAGUUCAGGUCAGUGGAAGUCGGACCUCAAGUCGUCCUCCGUUCCAGGAUUUUUUCUGGCCAGACUGCAUGUGAAUGGUCCUCCUAAAGACACCUUCAUCAAACUCCCUGGUUGGGGAAAAGGUGUAGUUUUUGUCAAUGGACAGAACCUUGGACGUCAUUGGUUCAUUGGUCCCCAACAUUUCCUUUAUCUCCCAGGACCUUGGCUCAGACGUGGAGAGAAUGAGAUUAUUGUCUUUGAAGAACAAAAGGCAGAUGUCAAAAUACUGUUUGCUGAAAACCCUGAUCAUGGGAGGACAAUUGAUGUUUACAAACUCCCUUUUUGCUCACUGCUUUGAAAUAAGAUAACACAUGCACUUGUAAAACGACUUUAUGUGUGAAUGAUUUUAAGUUAUCGUUUCACUACCAUAAUAUUAUUUACUGUGUUUGAACCGCAGCAUGAAUAUUGGAAGUUUUUCAUAUAUUCCCUCAUCUUGCAUCCUACUUUGUUGCCUUGCAUUUAACAGUACACUGAGCAUUUCAAUAAAUCUGAUAUGCUUCAGUAUGAACUUUGCUCUGAUUACGACGUUUGAACUCUUAAAAAAUAUGAUACGCCCCUGUGAGCUCCUCAUUGGUCCAGAUGCAUGUCCUUUAAACUACGUUUAUUCACAAAUGACAACACUCACACACAGCCUGUCAAUUCAGCCGGAAACAGGGGCCAGAAUACGGAUGUUAUCAUUUUGUUUCCUUCACAAUAAAGGGUUAGCGUUGUUGAGUGGUGAGGAGAAAAAAAAUAAAGCCUAAGCUUAUUUGAGUAUGUAUUCAUAUUGUGUUCAAUUGUCAUUGAAUUCAUAAAUACUGCUGUGUGCAGUGGUGGUAAUAAUUUGACAGAGAAACUUCCACUUGUAUUGGAGUAAUAUUUGACCUGGAGUAUCUAUACUUGGACUUCAGUCAUGAAGCGGUGUACUUUGUCCACUAGUGCUGGGCUAUACCACACGUUUAUGAUUCGAUAUGUUACAGAAUACUUUUAUGUCAAUGUAUUCAACACCCGAUACUGAUGCCGAUCCUUUCAGUGAUUUAAAACAAAUAAUAAAAUGCAACGCUUGAAAGACAA